AUUUUAAUGACUAACCAAUCAAAAAACCAAACAGUAUUGAUCGUUUAAGGUCAACCUAAAUUAAUUGACCAAUAAUAAUAAGAAAGUAAUUUAUCCCAAAUGUAUAUAGAUAUACAAAUAUAUAUAUACCACAUCUAAGUAUGUAUAUAUUUAAUCAGUCACGUGUUUUACUCCAGUUCCUUCCAAAAUAGCGUAGUUGGAAUAUCAUGAAUUUGAUCCCAGCUUAUAUAUAUCUUUUGUUGAUCAUCUUUAUAAACCAUGUUUAUUCAGCGCGACCACUUACACCUUAUCAAAGAAGUUUCACACCAGCUAGAAAUAUUAGUUGUGCACAAUGUGAAAUGAAAUUAGAAGUGGAUAAAUCAAAAAGUUUUGUAGAAACUGAUAUGUAUCGUCGUAGAUGUUUAGAUGAACCAGAGCUAUUCUUUAAACCAUGUAUUGUGAAUGCUAAAAAUACACCACGUGGAUGUGCUAAACUUACCACCUACUUAAAAGAGCCCGUUGCUAAAGGUCGAAUUAAAGAAGUCACAUUGAUGAAACGUUUCUGUGCUACCGAAGGUGCUGAGCCAGAAGAGAUUAAAUGUGUUGAUCGUCCUUCCGAAGGCGGCAAUUCAGAAUUAUGUAUUUGUGGUACGGAUAAUUGUAAUUCUGCUCCACAGUUAUUGAAAUCGUCAUUAUCAUCACCUAUUUUUUCUCUAACAAUAUCAACCAUUUACAUGAUAUUUAUGAAAAUCAACUAAUUAAUAUCAUUAUUAGCCAACUUUGUAAGUAGUAUAUACAUAUUGUUGUGAAACAGAGAUAUUUUUAGUCAGAUGUGUUAACCGAUGGGGCGAAAAGCAUCACAUUAGUUCACCAUGUAAAUGUGUGAAAACACAUGCAGACGUACACAAACACCUAUAUAAGUAAACGCCUACAAAAUUGUGCAUUUUCCUAAUUGGUAGCCGUAACUCAUUUGUCAUUCUAUUCGCCUUUUUAAACCUACAUACAAUUAGGAUGUUUAUUACUAUUAUUAUUGUCAAUAAUAUUGUCUGUUGUGAUGAUUGCUUUUUGUUGUGUUGUCCAUUAGUAUCACAUACAUAUAAGUACAAUUUAGUUUUUACAUAAAUUCUACUGUUGUCAUUAUUAAUUAUAAAUGUACAACAGCAUUAUAUAAUAUAUAUAUAGUAAUAUUUACCAUAUAUUCUUUAUCAGUAAU